AUUUUUUUUUUUAUUUCCCCUGAGUGGAAGUAGCUGAGCGCUAGAUUUGACCGAGUAAUACAGUACAGCGAGGAAAAAAGAAGGUAGUGCCUUUAUUUGAGGAAGUGCUGCCAUUGUCUCCUCUGUGGGGAAAAGAAAAAAACAAACAAUAUGGUGCUUGCAGAAUCUGACCUGGAAAGUUUGAGCCCUGUGGAGCCAGAUGAUGAUUUAGGAUCAGAUGAAGACUUUGAACCCAAUAGGAAAAAUGCAAAGAGAAAACAGGGACCAGCUCUGGCACCAACACUUUCUAAACGGCGUAGACGCAGAACAAGCAGCAGCUUCUCCAAUUCUUCACUCGCACCCACACCUGGAGCUCCGCACACACCAAAACACGCGCUUGCCCCACAGCCAGACACAGCUGGAACAGACUGGAGGAAGAGAGGGAACAUGUUUGAAGCUGUGAGAUCAGGACGCUCUGCACUGGUGACGCUGGUUGAUGAUUGGCUGGAUGACUAUAAACAGGAUCAGGCAGAGGGUCUUCGUGAGCUCAUCAAUUUUGUUGUCGAGUGCUGUGGCUGUAAAGGCAUCGUAACAAGGGAGAUGUUUGAUAGAAUGCAGAAUGCUGACAUCAUCAGUCACCUGACCAAAGACUUUAAUGAGGACUCAGUAAGUUACCCGUUGUCAGCAGGGGGGGCUCAUGGCCGCCGUUUUCGCGAUGGACUGAGGGAGUUUGUGUAUCAGCUGGUGCAGCGCUGCAGAAACAGUCUGCUUUAUGACGAGGUUGUGUUCUCAACGCUGAUUGCCUUCCUCACAGGCCUCGCCGAUUCCCAGGUCCGAGCCUUCAGACACACAAGCACACUCAUUGCCAUGCAUCUGAUGUCUGCUAUAGUGGCGGUGUCUGCAGUGUUGUAUGCUCAGGCUGACACGACACAAAGACGCUAUCAGCUGGAGAAAAACAAGAGCGCUGCACAUCAAGCAACUGAGAGACUAGAAGAACUCCAGAACUCCUACAAUCAACUGUUGGAGCAGCAGGAGGAGUUGCGCUCUCUGAUGAACGGCAUCUUUAAAGGAGUGUUUGUUCACCGGUACAGAGACAAAGUUCCAGAGAUCAGAGCAGUCUGUAUGGAGGAAAUGGGGGUGUGGCUUAGAGAAAACCCCACCUCCUUUCUUAAUGAUAGGCACCUCAAAUACCUAGGCUGGAUGCUGCAUGACAAGCAACCUAGUGUACGCUUGCAGUGUGUGUUAUCCCUUCAGAAAUUGUAUAAGGAGAAAAGUUUCAUUGGCCGCCUGGAGCUCUUUACCAGCCGCUUUAAGGAGAGGAUGUUGAACAUGGUUCUGGAUAAAGACCCUGAUGUUGCUGUGGAGGCAGUUAGACUGCUGCUGAUCAUUAAGCAGAUGACCGAGGAUGGUCUGAAUGAGGUCGAGUGUAUGCAAGUGUAUCCACUAGUGUUUGCUGCACACAGAGGACUCGCUGCUAUAGCUGGAGAAUUUUUGUACCAUGUGCUGUGUACUGAGGUGGAUCAUCUACUAGAAGAAGACGAGAAAGAGAGCCGCAAUGUCACUUUCCUCAACCUGCUCACAUGUUUCUUCAUUCAAAGCAAGUAUCAUGAGCAUGCUGCCUACCUGGUGGACAGCCUCUGGGGUGUGGCAGUGUCUGAACUUAGAGAUUGGGAGACAAUGACAUCACUGCUGCUCCAGGAGAAUGGAGAGGAACAAGGGCUGAAUGAUGAUGAAGAGGCCGCUCUGAUUGAGCUUAUGAUGUGUGCAGUCAGACAAGCAGCAGAGGGAACUCCACCUACCGCUCGGUCCUUCGGGAAGAAGGUAGAGAAUUUGAAAGGCAGAAAGCAACAAACUCAGGAGAGGAAACGCAUCACUAAUCACUUCAUACCACUGCUGCCUCAGUUACUCACUAAGUUCUCAGCAGAUGUGGAUAAAGUGGUGUGCUUGCUCAAAGCUCCUCUGUAUUUCGACCUUGAGAUUUACGGCAGCGCAGGCCGUCUGGAGAAGUAUUUGGAGCUGUUGUUAUCUCAGGUGUGUGAAAUUGUGGCGAAGCAUCAUGAGGAGCGUGUGCUGGAGGCGUGUGUGCAUGUGUUGUGUGUGCUGUGCUGCGAUCAGUACACUUUCUCCAUGCGUGCAGAAAGAGUCGUCAGUCAGCUACUUGACUCGAUACUGGAGAGAUUUAACACACACCUUGCCGAUGUACUGCAGGGCACUGGUGAUGAGGACGAUGUGUACAGUGCUGUGACUUCCCUAAAGAGACUGGCCAUUUUCAGCAGUGCAAGAGAUCUGACUGUGCUGAAGUUAUUUGAGCCAUGCUUCCUGCUGUUGAAGACUGGAGUGGAGUCCAGAGAGGUGGACACAGAGUUGAUGUUGUGUGCAUUGAAGUGUGCUGUUUUCCAUUUGCUAUGGGUGAGAGUGAAGAUCUCACAGACACCACAACCUGAUAAGGCAGAGGUGAAAAAUUUGUUGAAGCAGGUUCGUUCGUUUUGUGUGGUGUGCCAGAGCUGUCUUUCUCUGAGCAACAGUCUGAUCAGGAACCAGGCCUUUGAAUGCAUGUGUGAUGUGUUAGUGGUGUUUGGACAAGGCAAAGGCAGAGAUGCUGCUUCUCAGAGUAUGUGUGUUUCUCCUGAUGACACACUCAGGGCUGAAAUGGCCUCCUUUCUUAUUGAUUACAUAUUCUCCGACCCUGAGGAUGAGGACACAGGUGUGGAUAAGGAAGCGGAGAUGAAAAUCAUUGCUCUCCAGCUCAGAAGGAAUCAGCUGGCAGGUUACUGCAAACUUAUCAUUUACGGAGUGUUGGAGUUAAGAGCAGCAGCUGAUGUCUUCAAACACUACAGCAAGUUCUACAGAGACUUUGGUGAUAUAAUUAAGGAGACUCUGAGUAAGACUAAGAUUAUGAGUCCAGUGGAGAGCGCAAGGACGAUCUGCCUCAGCCUACAGCAGCUUUAUUCCUCUUUAGGUGAUGAGGGUCAUGAUGAAGACAUGAGGGACAUUAGAGAUUUGGCUAGGAAACUGGCUAUGAGCUUUGGUGUUAAUCUACAGCACAUCCGGCAACCACUCAUUGCCCUGCACCAGGAUGGUAUCCAUUUUGCACUGAGAGAAGCAGAAGCAACUGAUCACCCCAAUAUAAGCUUUCUUGAGAUCCUCGCUGAAUUCAGCCACAAACUCUUAAAGCAAGACAGGGCACAGCUAGUGAAUUAUCUGCACCAUGUGUGUGAGAGAGCCUGUGUGAGUGUAAACACUGUGUGUGUGAGCAUGUAUGAGCGCUCACUGCGCUCUGGAUCCAGAGAGGCUCCUGCUGUCUCUUCCCCACACACACCAGCCAAGAGACGCAGAACCUCUGAGAGGUCAAUCAGUAGCAGGUUGGACACUCCCGCACUCACCUCCACAGUUAUACAGAACCGAGCCACGCAUGCACACCAACGGUCUCGGACACCGUCUUCAGAUUCAAGUACAGACCAGGCAUCAGAGGAUGAUUUUGUAGAAGGGAGUAUACAGAGGAAGGUGAUGCCUAGCCGGAGGGAGCAGGAGAGUUCUGAACACAGUGAUGUACAAUCUCAGCUCCAUAAGCUCUCUCUGAUCAAGGAGGACUUUGAGGAGGAGGAGGAUGAACCUUACAUAGAGGACUACGAUGAUGAAGACUCAGAUGGGCUUGGUGCUGUGUCUCUGCCAUCAACACGCCACUCCACCAGUUUCUUAGAAGACCUGUUUGAGUGAGAAAAGCCACACAUGCUGAUUUGAGAGCACACGUUUGUUAUUGUAAAUUCUGUUUGUGUUAAUGUUCAUGAACGUUUGAAGAUGUGGAAGUGUACAGAUAUAAGUUUGUUCGUUGUACACUGUAAUAACUGUUGUCUUUUGGUUAAUAAAUUGCUUAUGACGAAAAUAAAAACUGGAAAGAUCAAGAUUAAU